AUGACUAAGGCGCUGUUCAUCAAGCCAGCGUUGGCUGAGCAUUUCAAAAAGAUGGGAAUACCCAAAUUUCAAUACGGACACAAGCAUGUCAUUCGUCCAGCCAUUUGUCAUGAAAUUUUGAAGAAACUCGAACUAAAAUCGAAGUAUUCAAAUUCCAAACGAUUGGAUAUCAUUGAUGUGUUUCCAGGAUACGGCUUAUUUUCAUCGAUUUUGAACCAAGAACUUAAACCAAACAAGCAUAUAAUCGUAGAAGAUUCGAAAGAGAAUGUUGAAAUAUGGAAAGAUAGGAUCGAGUAUUUGCAAAAAGAAACAGGGAAUGAAGAAAAUUUUAUACUUUUCCCUAAAAACGGCUUCAAGUGGGAAACUUUCGAUGAAAUUCUUCAAAAAAAGAUUAUUGAGCCAAAAUAUGAAUCCAGAGAAAAAGUUCAUGACGAGUUACUCAUAGUGGGGAAUCUCACGACACAGAAGUUUGGUGAAUCUCUAUUAGCACAAUGGAUAAUGUGCUCUGUAUAUCAAAAUUGGUUACAAAAGUACGGAAGAGUACGAAUGAUAUGUUUCAUACCCGACGUUACUGCCCAAAAAUUUUGGUCGGGGGCCCACUUCAACAAGAGAAAUAAAUCUGCUAUUAAGAGAGAACUAUUCACUGACUCUCAUUUAAUCGCAGUCUCUGAAGUUUCCGAUAAUCUGGUUCCAAAUGGAAAUGACUAUGAUCCUAACCUUAUCAUGAAGGAUCAGCCAUAUUUGAUACCCUUGAAAUCCAUCCUUCCUGUUGGAGCUAGCUUAGCAGUUGUUGAAAUCGUUCCUACGAAUAGACCUGAUUUGGAUUUUGAUAUGCUUGAAUACAUUCUUCAAAUUUUAAUGUACAGAUCCACUGGUAAGCUUUCGGAUGCAUUAUCACAGUUAGCUCCUGGCGCUGAUAUAGAUUUGAUUCCAAAAAUUCCCAAAGAAAUUUUAAAUAAAUGCCCAAGAGAUCUUCUGACUGAAGAAUUCUUAUUGGUUUACGACGUGUUUAAUAAUUGGGCCUUCAAACCUUCAUUCACAGAUACUAUAGGUAUAUUUCAGGAAGAUACAAGAACAUUUUAA